UGCACAAAUGAACUAGGCCUUGGCGUGUGAUUUUCGGCCCGAGACAACCGAGACGAGACCAACCCAUCAUCAUCCAUCAGUCCACCACACACACCACCAAAGCGGCAAAGCCCACGGGAGUCACGGGCCACACACACAACUGUAGCGCGUCAAACUGCGGUGUCACUUUCGUCUUCCCCAGUCAACUCCACCCAUUCCCUGCCACUGCCACGGCUCCGCACCGCCCCGCAGUCCCCACCAUGCUCCCUCUCCUCCUCCUGGUCGCCGGCGCAGCCUCUACGGCGGCAGCGUCCGGUGACGGUUGCCGCGUCGGCUGCCCGCUGGCCCUCGCCGCGUACUACUUCACGGCGGAGUCCAACCUCACCUUCAUCGCCUCCCUCUUCAACUUCCCCGACUACACCGCGCUGCUCCCUUACAACCCCAACAUCACGGACCCGAACUACAUCGUCACCGGCGCCCGGAUCAGCGUCCCGUUCACCUGCUCGUGCCUCGCCCUCCCCGCCGACCCUACCUCCACCUACCUCGCCGGGUCGAUCCCCAGCAAUCUCUCCCGCGGCGAGUCGUACGGCGACGUCGCCGCGGAAUUCGCCAACCUCACCACGGCCGCGUGGCUGAAGGCCACCAACAGGUACCCGGCGGAUAAGUUACCGGCAUCUGGGACGAUUGAUGCCACCAUUAACUGCUCGUGCGGCGACAAGAGUGUGUCGCCGCGGUACGGGCUGUUCCUCACCUACCCGCUCUGGGACGGGGAGACGCUCGCCUCGGCGGCGGAGCAGUACGGGUUCUCGUCGCCGGCGCAAAUGGACCUGCUCAGGAGGUAUAAUCCCGGGAUGGGUGGGGUCUCCGGGAAGGGAAUUGUGUUUAUCCCGGUGAAAGAUACAAAUGGUAGUUACCGCCCUCUGGAAUCAGGAAAUACUCUUUCUGGAGGAGCAGUAGCAGGAAUUGUGAUAGCCUGUAUUGUUAUUUUGAUUGUGGGGAUCUGGCUGGUUGUCAUUUAUUAUAGGCGGCAAAAAAUGAGAAAGGCCAAAUCACUCCCCUGUCCAGAGGAUUCGGUCCAACUUGGCAGUGCUUCACAAGCUGAGGGCAUUAAGGUUAACAGAUCCAUACAGUUCUCAUAUGAAGAACUUUGCGAUGCUACACACAACUUUAGUAUGGAGCAUAAAAUUGGGCAAGGUGGUUUUGGCUCUGUUUAUUAUGCUGAGCUUAGAGGCGAGAAAGCUGCCAUAAAGAAAAUGGAUGCAAAGGCAACUCAAGAAUUCCUCGCUGAACUGAAGGUUUUGACGCAUGUCCAUCACUUGAAUCUGGUGCACUUAAUUGGUUAUUGUGUCGAGAAUUGCUUGUUCCUUGUUUAUGAAUUUAUUGAGAAUGGAAACCUAAGCCAGCAUCUCCAUGGGACUGGAUAUGAACCUCUUUCAUGGACCAGUAGAGAGCGAAUAGCCCUUGAUUCAGCAAGAGGUCUCGAGUAUAUUCAUGAACACACUGUUCCAGUGUAUGUUCAUCGGGAUAUCAAGUCUGCAAAUAUCCUGAUUGACAAAGACCUUCGAGCAAAGGUUGAAACCUUUCAUGAAAACCGUCCAUGUCUUAGUCAUCUUAUGUGCAAUAUCAAUGGUACCUUGCAGGUAGCAGAUUUUGGACUGACAAAGCUUACAGAAAUUGGAACUGCAUCACGGUCACUUCCAACACGAGUUGUUGGUACAUUUGGUUACAUGCCUCCAGAGUAUGCUCGAUAUGGAGAGGUUUCUCCUAAAGUGGAUGUCUAUGCUUUUGGUAUCGUCUUGUAUGAACUUAUUUCAGCCAAAGAAGCUAUUGUGAGAUCAACAGAAUUCACAGAUACAACAAGCCUGGUUUGUCUGUUUGAGGAGACUCUGAGCAUGCCAAACCCCACGGAAGCUCUUGAGGAACUGAUUGAUCCAAGGCUAGCAGGUGACUAUCCCGUUGACUCGGUUCUGAAGAUGGCGAACCUUGCGAAGUCAUGCACGCAUGAAGAGCCCAGCAUGAGGCCCACGAUGAGAUCUGUGGUGGUUGCUCUCAUGGCGCUCUCAUCCAAGGACAAUGAGCUAACUCGGGGACUGGAACUCUCUCCCAGAGAACUAAGAUCUGGUUAGCAUCGCCCCUCGGGGUAUAUCUGGCCUUGAUUGUUACAUGGCGGUGGCGGAUCGGGCUUUUAGUUACGCAUAAGCGUGUGGUGUACAUGUUGCCUUUUAGAGUAUUUAGAGAGCUGCUUUUCCAUAUGAAAAUAGUAUAAGCGAGCGUGCAGUUUCUUUGCUUGUUUGCAUCGCUUAAUAAAAAUUAGGCCUGUUCAGGCUUUUAACACCUUUUUAACACAUUGGCUGCCAAACAGGUGUGUUAAAAGGAUUGUGUUAAAGUUUAACACCUCAUUUUUUAUAAACACAUGGAGGGGUGUUAAAACUUGCUAAAGGUGAUAAAAGUGGUCCUCUAUUUCACAUA